UGGAUUAUGCGCAAAAAUUAAGCAGUGAGCUCCAACGCAUUUUUAUAUUAUAUAUAUUACAUUUACAUUAUAUUUUUUUACCAAGUUCUGCUGAGAAGUUCAAGUAACUAUAUAAAAACUAAUCGAUUAUAAAGUAAAAAUAAUAGUAUAAAUUUACUUUAUUUAAAUUACAAUAAUUACACAAUACUACUUAUAAGAACCGUGUUGAGUGUUCUUAAUAUUGAUUACAAUGUGUGCCAAUAAAAACUGUGUACUGAUAUUGAGCAGCGCAUUGUUACUCUUCAACGGACUAGGACACGCUGCCGUCGAAAUAAAAAACUCCACUCAAGCAAUAAAAUAUCUAACUCAGUUCGGUUAUUAUAGUCCAAUAACAUUGGAUCCAAAUAGUAUCCACUUGUUGGAAAAAGAAUCGUUGAGAAACGCCUUGUUGGAUUUUCAAUCGUUUGCUGGCAUAAGUGAAACUGGUGUAUUGGAUCAAGAAACACUUGAGCUAAUGAAUACCCCUAGAUGUGGAUGUCUGGACCGAUUCUAUAGAACCAGACCGAAGAGAUACGGACAUUUGUUAGAAACUUGGAGAGUAGACAACUUGACGUACAAAAUAUCAAAGUAUCCUUCCAAGCAAUUAAGCAAAGAACAAACAGAUUUGGAAUUCCGGAAAGCCUUUGACGUAUGGUCCGAAGUCAUGCCAAUAGUUUUUCACGAAAGAGACGCUGGCCUGGUCCGAAUUGAAAUAUUAUUUGCAAAUGGCGAACACGGUGAUUUCAUACCAUUCGAUGGGCCAUCAGGAGUUAUUGUACAUAAUCUAUCGCCCAGUCGUGGUUCAGUUCAUUUUGACGAUGCGGAAAUUUGGACCGUUGGUAUUAGAAAAGGAAUCAACUUAUUCCAAGUAGCACUUCAUGUAAUUGGUCACGUGCUAGGCCUCGACCAUUCUUUGGACGCCAAUGCGGUGAUGAGACCGUUUUACAAAUCUUACAAUCCAAACGUUGAGCUUCAUAACGACGACAUUCUGGGAGUACAGGAAAUGUACGGACCGAGGGUCGAGUUAGAAGACAACGACGACGACGACGAUCGAAUUUCAAUACUAACGGUGCGAACAGUGUAUACUUAUGCUCGAAUCCUAGAAUCGACACUAUAUUCAAUUCGCUAUCAAACGAAACGUUCGUGUUCAAAGGUAACUACUAUUGGAGUUUAUCGCCAAAACGAAUCCUACACGGUCACCCGAAGUUCGUCAAUCAGACCUGGCCGGGUCUGCCCAAGUCAAUAGACGCUGCGUUCACACACAAAGGCAACGGCAAUACAUAUUUCUUCAAGGAUUCGCAUUACUGGAAAUACAGCGGCACGGCCAUGCUCGACGGUUACCCGAAGUUGAUCAAGAACGGAUUUGCCGGUAUACCGAACGAUAUCGAUGCGGCUCUGCCGUGGGAAAACAAUGAACAUUUAAUAUACUUCUUCAAAGGACCGGAUUAUUGGAUUUACAAUGUGUCGGCAACACCGCCCGUGUCGUACCCAAAACGCAUUGAUCAGUUGUUGGGUGUUCUCGGCGAUCUGGAUGCCACUCUAGCGCAUACGAACCAACGUAUAUAUGUCUUUAAAGGCCAUGAUUUUUACCAAUUCAGCGACUUUUCAUUUGGUUCCUUUAACGAAAGUCCACCAACGCCCAAAAAAAUCGCAAAUUAUUGGUUUGGAUGUGGACCAAAAGAUGCAAAUAACGAUUAUUGAAAACAAUAUAUAUAAAUAUAUAUUAUUCUUAAAAAAAUAUAUUGUUUAAACACAUUUAAAUUUUAAAAGA